GGGCGCGUCGCGCAUGCGCAGUGCGUGAGGGCGCAGUGUUGGGAGCGGAGCCGAACGGAGCGGCCAUGGUGGAUUAUCACAGCGCCGGGCAGCCUUACUCCUAUGGAGGGAACGGGCCGGGGACCAACGGGGAUUAUAUGGCCCAGGAGGACGAUUGGGAUCGGGAUCUGCUGCUCGAUCCGGCCUGGGAGAAGCAACAGAGGAAGACGUUCACGGCCUGGUGCAACUCCCACCUGCGUAAAGCCGGGACACACAUCGACAACAUCGACGAGGAUUUUCGCGACGGGCUGAAGCUGAUGCUGCUGCUCGAGGUCAUCUCAGGUGAGCGGCUGCCGAAGCCGGAGCGCGGCAAAAUGCGGGUGCACAAGAUCAACAACGUCAACAAAGCUCUGGAUUAUAUCGCCAGCAAAGGAGUGAAACUUGUGUCCAUUGGUGCAGAAGAGAUCGUUGAUGGUAACGCCAAGAUGACGCUGGGGAUGAUCUGGACCAUCAUCCUUCGAUUUGCCAUUCAGGAUAUCUCAGUGGAAGAGACCUCGGCCAAGGAGGGGCUGCUCUUAUGGUGCCAAAGGAAAACAGCGCCCUACAAGAACGUCAACGUGCAGAACUUCCACAUCAGCUGGAAGGACGGCCUUGCCUUCAACGCGUUGAUCCACAGACACCGCCCGGAGCUCAUUGAGUACGACAAGCUCAGGAAGGACGACCCCGUGACCAACCUGAACAACGCCUUCGAGGUGGCAGAGAAAUACCUGGACAUCCCCAAGAUGUUGGAUGCUGAGGACAUAGUGGGCACCCUGCGGCCCGACGAGAAAGCCAUCAUGACCUAUGUGUCCUGCUUCUACCACGCUUUCUCAGGAGCCCAGAAGGUGAGAAGGCUUUUGGGGGGGGGGCUUGGGGGGCAAUGGCUGCUGGGUAUUAUGGGGAGGGGGCUUUGUGCAAUGGCUGCUGGGUAUGGGGGGGGUGCAGGUAGAUGGAGCUCUGAGACCCCCUAUGUAACUCUGAGACCCCCCAUGUAGCUCUGAGACCCCCCC